AUGGGUCCGCGUCGCAAUAGUUCCGAGCAAAUAAGAUGGCGACUGGUAUUGGGGGCAACUCUCACACUUCUAGCGCUGGUUCCGUUCGUGAGCGGAGCGGUAUUCACCGUUGACCUCGGUUCGGAAUCCAUGAAGGUCGCUGUGGUCAAUCCGCGGCCCGGUCAGAGCCCGAUCUCGAUCGCGAUCAACGAAAUGUCAAAGCGGAAAUCUCCGUCUGUUGUGGCGAUAUCCAACGGCGAUAGGCUCCUGUCAGAAGAAGCCGUUGGAAUCGCCGCUAGGUAUCCCGAUCGCGUGUACACACGAGCGAGGGACAUGGUUGGCCUUCCAGUAGAUGAGGUAAAAGAGCUGCUAAAAAGCAGCUAUCUUCCGUACGAUGUCGUCGGAGGGGAUGGGAGGCCGGAAGAAGAAACGGAAGACGACUCAAUGGAGUCGGAAGUCAUCAGCGAGGUGACGUCAGAGACGGAAGGCGACGCGGCUUCGGAGCAUUCGUCAGGCAAGGACAAGGCGAAGAAAUUGAAGCGGAAGCGUCCCGUGAGGAUUCGAACCCACGACGGCUCGACGGAGUACUCCGCUGAAGAGCUGCUCGCGAUGCAGCUGGGCUACGCUAGGGAACUCGCGGAAGCCCACGGGAAAACCGGGAUUGUGGACGCUGUCGUUAGCGUUCCCGCGUACUUCUCCCAGAGCCAGAGGCAGUCGAUUAUUGACGCUGGCGCUCUGGUCGGCGUGAAUGUGAUGGCGUUAAUUCAGGAGCAUGCUGGGGUUGCGCUGCAGUACGGCAUGGAUAAGGACUUCAGCAAUGGCAGCAGACACGUGGUUAUCUUUGACAUGGGUGCCACGUCGACGUAUGCGGCCGUGAUUUAUUACUCGGCUUACGCGUCGAAGGAGCGCGGGAAGAGCAUCACUGUGAACCAGUUUCAGGUCAAAUCCGUGAGAUGGAACGCGGACCUGGGAGGGCAGACACUCGAGGCACGGCUGCUGGAGCAUUUCGUGGACGAGUUCAACGCGAAGCACAGCGGCGUGGACAUCCGCACGUCGCCCAAGGCCAUUGCGAAGUUGAAGAAGCAGGUGAAGCGCACCAAGGAGAUCCUCAGCGCCAACUCCGAAGCCCCCAUCUCCGUGGAGUCGCUCUAUGACGACCAUGACUUCAGGUCGUCCAUCACAAGGGAGAAGUUUGAGGAGUUGUGCGCGGACGUGUGGCCUCAAGUGGUGGCACCGCUGCAGGCAGCGAUAGCAGACGCCAACAUCACCAUGGACGACGUGUAUGCUGUGGAGCUCGUGGGGGGAGCCACACGCGUGCCUAAAGUGCAGUCUGUGCUGAUGGAGGCACUGGGUGGUAACCGCACGUUGGACCGUCACCUGGAUGCUGACGAGGCACUCGCUCUGGGCGCGUCCCUGCUGGCGGCGAACCUGAGCGACGGAUUCAAGCUCAACCGUCGGAUCGGCAUGAUCGACGGGCUGCCGUUUGCUGUCAAGUACCGGGUGGAGCCGGUGCCUGUGGAUGGAGGUGCUGGGAGUGAUGAUGGGAGUGACGGUGGGGAGGGGGAGGCUGCAGAUGCAUCAGAGGGGCCUGUGGUGGAGGAAAUGUUGUUUCCUCGAUUAAAGAAGAUGCCCAUUAAGAUCAUCCGGUCGCUGAAGGAGCAAACAAGUGACUUCACUCUCUCGUUCCUCUAUGACGAGGAGCAGGGCCUGCCCCCCCGGUGGCCCAAGGGCGCCCCCAUCUCCACUCUGCACGUGUCUGGCGUGGCCAAGGGCAUUGCCAAGUACUCGGGGUACAACCUCACGCACCCCAUCAAGGCGAGUCUGCACUUCCACCUCACCCGCAGCGGCACGGUGGGGCUGGAGAAGGCAGAGCUCGUUGUUGACUUCUCUGAGUGGAUUGAGGUGCCUGUCAUCCCUCCCCCUUCCGCUGCCAACGCCACUGCCAACGCCACAGCCAAUGCAACUGCGAAUGCCACAGCUGCCAACGGAACUGUUGACGGCGCUGCGGGUAGUAAUGCUACAAGUGAUGGUGCUGCUGGUGAGGAUGGGUCAGAGGCAGCUGCUGCAGAGAAGGAUGCUUCAGCAGGAGAUGGCAGCAGUUACGCUGGGAGCGAGGGUGCAGGAGAAAAGGGAGAGGCGGAGAAGGGUGGAGAGGAGGUGGGGAAAGACGGGGAGAAGAAGGGGGAGAAGGAAGGGGAGAAGGAGGCGGAGGUGCCUAAAGUGCAGAUGAGGAAGAAGCUGAGGAAGAGGACGAUUAGAGUGCCUCUGCAGGUGUCUGAUGUGACUGAGGGGUUCCAGCGCAUGAUGACAGACGAGGAGAUGACAGAUGCCGAAAUCCGAUUGGACAAGCUGAAGAAGAGGGACGAGGAGAAGCGCGCUGUUGCUGAGGCGAAGAACACUCUAGAGGCGUAUAUCUACUCUAUGAAGGACAAGAUGGAGUCAGAGGAGGAUCUGAUCAAAGUCACCACGGAGCAGCAGCGCGACUCCUUCCGCACCCAGCUUGUUGAUGCGGAGGACUGGCUGUACAUGGAUGGGGAGAACGCCAAGGCAGCAGAGUUCAAGGCCAAACUAGCUGAUCUGAAGAAAACUGGAGAUGCCUUCAUGUUCCGCAAAAAUGAGCUGACUGCUCGCCCUGCUGCUGUUGGUGUUGGCCGCUCCUUUGCCGACUCCACAUAUGAUCUACUGGAGUCGUGGAAAACCGAGAAGCCAUGGCUGAAUGCCACCACUGACAUUGACCCGGUUUUGGCUGACGUGGAGAACUUUAUCAAGUGGCUUGACGAGAAGACCGCAGCUCAGGCCAAAAAGAAGGCUCAUGAGGAUCCAGCCUUUUCUUCCAAGGAGGUCUACAGCAGAGUCGACACCAUUGAAGCCAAGAAUUCUCAAAACACCCUGCGCACUCCCACUACCUGUCAUCACUGCACAUCCCUCGUUUCCUGA